AUGAAUGAAGAUGACCCUUUGCAAAUCACUAAGAAAAAUAUAAAAGGAUGGUAUUUUUACUCUUUUUCAAGUGAGCCGUUUAUUGUUUCAGCUGUUUCUACGUACAUUCCAUUAUUGCUUGAACAAUUUGCUAGGAUCAACGGUGUGAAAUUAAACGAUCACUCUCAACCGUGCAUUAUAGCACCAGCUACACACUCCACUGACAAGUGUGUGGUUCCAUUAUUUAAUGGUUCACUUUUCGUGGACACAUCCAGCUUCGCCCUCUACACUUUCUCGAUCAGUGUAUUGUUUCAGACAGUAAUGGUAAUAACUGUUUCAGGAAUUGUAGAUAUUUUGAAUUCUAUAAGAUUUAAAGGCUUGACUUUAGUUACGUUCAGCAUAUUAGGGGCAUUAUCUACCAUUUAUAUCUCUCAAUUGUCAUUUGAUCAGAUUUAUACGCUUCCAUUGCUUUGUAUAAUAGCAAACUCAUGCUAUGGUGUUAUAAACGUGGUUGGAAACUCGCUGCUACCAAUAUUCAUAUCUGAUUUGACUAAAUAUGGGAAUGGUGGAGAAGAAGAGGAUGAAAAUUCAAGCUUAAUCAGUGAUACAAAUGAAAAACUAACCAAUAUUAUCAGUGGUAGAGGUGCAAGCAUAGGAUAUUCAAGUGCUCUAAUUGUACAAUUGAUCUCGAUGGCACUUGUUGGUAAAUCAAAAUCAAGGGAAAAUAUCCAGAUAGCUGUCCUAUUUGUUGGCAUCUGGUGGAUCAUUUGGCAGUUACCAAUGCUCUGGCUUCUUAGAGACAUUAACGAAAACCCUCAAACCAUACCACACUCAAUUCCAAUCUCUUCAUUGAAAUACGGUUGGUGGUCUCUAUAUGAAUCUUUUAAGAACGCAAAAUUGUUGAAGGAUGUCAUGAUCUUCCUGCUAGGUUGGUUCAUAAUCAGUGAUUCUUUAACAACUAUAAAUUCUACAGCUAUUCUAUUUUCAAGGACUGAACUCUCCAUGUCUGCCGUAAAUUUAAUCGCCAUUAGCAUAAUUACGAUGAUAAUGGCCAUGAUAGGUGCCUUUAUUAUACCAAAUUAUUUAGCCAAAAAGUUCAACUGGCUACCUCAUCGUACUUUAGUUUACAUUAUCUGUUGGUCUAGUUUUAUACCCUUCUAUGGAAUGCUUGGAUUUUUCUUUCAAUCAAUCGGUUUGAAACAUAAAUUCGAAAUGUAUGCUUUGGCAGUAUGGUAUGGCUUGUCACUCGGUGGUCUCGCUGCAGUAUCCCGUACAGUUUUCAGUUUGAUCAUCCCAAAGGGUAAAGAAUCAACUUUCUUCAGUAUGUUCUCAAUCACGGACAAGGGAUCAUCUAUAGUGGGACCGUCCCUUGUAGGGUUAAUAACUGACAAGACUCACAAUAUUAGAUACUCUUUUUUCUUACUAUUUGGGCUAUUAGUCGUGUCUUUACCAAUUUUCAGCUCAUUGGAUGUAAAAAGAGGCAAACGCGAAGCUGAAGAGUUGAGUAAAAUUUAA